UCUGAGAUGGCAUUUAGAGGCUGCAAGCAUCCGGCAGACGCAUUUUGCUAUAUUUGUGGCCAAUUUAUCAAGACAAGAGCGAAAAAGUACUCUGUGGAAGCAUCUGCUAAGAUGUGUGAGGCCUACAAGGCACAUUUCAUCUGCGUGCAAUGCAAAAAACACUCUGGAAGGAUGGUACAGAGGGGAAAAGAGAGCCAUGAAGUUCGCUAUCCCAAGAAUUUGGCGGAAACCCACUGACCACUCAAGAAACUGCUACUUCUGCAUGGUGGGCCCUUCCAAACGUCGGACUGGCAAGAAUGCACCUGCUAUUCGUAUCUGGACCUUCCUUCAUCCAUCGCCCCGGUGCCACGCUGCCAUGAGCUCCACGUACCCACUUCUGCGGAGAGAGAACAGCCGUCUUUAGAAGAGAGCAGCAAGUCAGAGAGUGAGGAAGACGUUGUAGAUCCAGAUGACAAUUUCAGAGGUGGAGCUGAGGAGAUAAACCCAUACUACCCCAACCAAAAAAACCUCAACGACUUGAUCAGAGACCUUGGUCUCACCAAGUCCAAUGCCGAGCUUUUGACGUCGAGGCUCAAGCAGUGGAACUUGUUGUAUGAAAGUGUACAAGUCACAGAUCAGAGGACGAGGUCACCAACAUUUUUGUAGCUUCUUCACCCGUCAAGAUGGGCUCUGCUUCUGCCACAAUGUGACCAGUCUGUUCGAGGCAAUCGGAAUCGCCUGUAACCAGAAUGAGUGGCGCCUCUUCAUUGACAGCUCAUCCAGGAGCCUCAAAGCCGUGCUGUUCCAUAAUGGGAACAAGUACCUGUCUCUUCCCCUGGCUCACUUGGUGCACCUCAAAAAGGAUUACAACAGCAUCCAGACCUUGCUGGACGCCUUGAAGUAUGAUGAGUAUGGCUGAGAGGUCAUCGGAGACUUCUAAAUGGUGGCAUUCCUGAUGGGUCUCCAAGGCGGUUUUACCAAGUUUCCCUGCUAUCUUUGCCUUUGGGACAGCAGGGACACCAAGGCGCACUACCACAGGCGGGAUUGACCACAGCGGACCGAGUUCUCUAUGGCGAGGAACAACGUCAAGUGGGAGCCACUUGUGGACUCCAGGAAAGGUGCUGAUGCCACCACUGCACAUCAAAUUGAGCCUCAUGAAACAAUUUGUCGAAGCUAUAGAUAAGGAGUCGGCAGCCUUCAAGUACUUUCAAGACUUCUUCCCUAAGCUGUCUGAGGCAAAGGUCAAAGCCGGUGUUUUCGUCGGACCACAGAUAAAGAAGAUCCUGGAGUGCAAUGAAUUCCCCAAGAAGCUCACUAGUAAGGAGAAAGUGGCUUGGGACAGCUUUGUCACAGUGGUUCGUGGCUUCCUGGACAAUCACAAGGUCGAAAACUAUGUGGAGCUGAUUGAGACUCUGGUGAAGUACUACAGCACAAUGGACUGUAGGAUGUCCUUCAAAGUCCAUAUCCUUGACGCUCAUCUUGAUAAAUUCAAGAACAUGGGAGCGUACCCGGAGGAGCAAGGCGAGCGCUUCCACCAGGAUAUUUUGGAUUUUCAAUGUCGCUACCAAAGACGGUAUAACGAGAACAUGAUAGGAGACUACAUUUGGGGGUUAUUCUUGAAAUAGAUUUACAGUAUUAUCGUAAAUUUCGAAAAACUACUCACUUAAAAUAUUUUGUAGUAAUUUUUUGUAUUACUUUAGUAUAAAUACAUGUUAAUUUUGAUUCAUAUGUUGUUUUUGUUCUGACUUUAUGUGAACGAAAAGACACAAAUUCGCCAGUUUUCUCAUUGAAAAUAGGUAAAUUUCAAAAUAUCACUGUCCUGGUCACAAAAGCAAAGUUUGUGGAGAAUAAUAGCCAUUUUCUAUACUUUUUAGGCAUAAGCAAUUACGAAAUAACACUAACUACCCAGGAACAAAAUGGUGUUACAUCGUGUUAUCAACUCAGCCUCAUCUGCUGCUAUGCGUAAACAUCGCCACUAGGGAGACAAAGGCGGCCGGGAGCGAUUGCUGGCCGACCCAACCGCGUCGUGUGCCGUGCAAAGCAUCCAUGGGGCUUCUACUCGCUUACAUGGCUUGUCCCUGUUAAGGCAAUACGGGGGGGGGGGGGGGAUCAUUGCCUUUGUGGAUGUUUAUCAUGCGCGUGUGCGCACGAGACUACGAGUGCGCACACGCGCGCGCGCGCUCCCUUGCACAUCCGGAAUGACAUCACCGUCUCGGACAGCAGAAGCGCGCCCCUGUGAUGCACGCGCACAGCAGCAGCAGCAUCGGCACAGCAGCAGCAGCGGAGGAAGAGGAGCAGGAGGAGGAGGAGGAGACGGCAUGGGUCGCUUGCAGACGCGCCUCCGCUGACGUGCACAGCGACCGCGAGCUGUAUUAGCAGCGCCUGCUGACUGACGGAACGCCAUGGACACGCGCGCCAUCCUGCUGUGGUGCGCCAGCGCCGCCCUCUCGCGAGCCCAGCUGCCAUCGGAGCAGGCGACGAGCGCCAUCGAGCAACAACCGACUCCAACCCAGACCGCCCCUCAAAUCACACCGGCCGUGGGACUCAAAGCCCAUCGCUCGGCUCCUCCAAACACACGUGAUUCUGACUCUUUGCACCCAGAUGACAACACAAGAGCCAUGAACAGGCAAGUGCUGGUGGGAGUGGUGGUGGCACUGGUGUUGCUGCUGGCGACUUUCGGGGCCGUCAUGCUCUACAUUCUGCGAUUUCGGAAGCGUAAACAGGCGUCGCUGAGCUUGGAGGUCGGUGCUCUGCAGAAUGGACGAGUGGCAGAGGAAUCGGAGUUCACGAGCACGCCUCUGCUGGCACGCGUGCCCAGCACGGGACGGCAGUUCCCUCCCGUGCCCGUCGGCCGGCUCGAGGAGGACCUUAUCCGGCGCUCGGCCGACGAGUGCAAGCUCUUCCGCGACGAGUUCAACGGGCUGCCCAGCGAGCAUCCCCAGCUCAUGUGCGAUGCCGCAAGCCAGGAGGAAAACAAGGACAAGAACCGCUACAUCAACAUCCUGCCGUAUGACCAGUCCAGGGUGCACCUGAGCCCAAUGGAAUCGGUACCCGGAUCCGACUACAUAAACGCAAGCUACAUAAACGGAUACAGAGAAAAAAACAAGUUCAUAGCAGCCCAAGGUCCGAAGGAGGAGACGAUAAUUGAUUUCUGGAGGAUGAUCUGGGAGCAGAACACUUCCACCAUCGUCAUGGUCACCAACCUGCAAGAGAGGAAAGAGACCAAGUGUUCUCAGUACUGGCCCGACAAGGGCUGUUGGACGUAUGGCUCCGUGCGGGUCUCCGUGGAGGACAUCACCGUCCUUGUGGACUACACUAUCCGCAAGUUCUGCGUACAGCUGGUCGGGGAGGGGCCGGGUAAACACCAAGCGCGCCUGGUCACCCAGUUCCACUUCACCAGCUGGCCGGACUUCGGGGUGCCCUUCACGCCCAUCGGCAUGCUCAAGUUCCUGAAGAAGGUCAAGACGUCCAACCCCUCUUACUCGGGACCCAUUGUGGUACACUGCAGCGCGGGAGUCGGCCGGACGGGAACGUUCAUCGUCAUCGACGCGAUGCUUGACAUGAUCCAGGCCGAGCAGCGCGUGGACGUCUUCGGGUUCGUGUCGCGCAUCCGCGCCCAGCGCUGCCAGAUGGUGCAGACCGACAUCCAGUACGUGUUCAUCUACCAAGCGCUGCUUGAGUUCCAGCUGUACGGAGACACGGAGCUGGAGGUGACUUCCCUGGAGUCGCAUCUGCAGAGGCUGUCGCUCCGCACUCCCGACACGGGGCUCAUCGGCCUGGAGGAGGAGUUCAGGAAGCUGACCUCUGUGAAGAUCCAGAACGACAGGAUGCGAGCUGGUAACCUCCCUGCCAACAUGAAGAAGAACCGAGUCCUGCAGAUCAUUCCGUAUGAUUUUAAUCGAGUGAUCAUCCCCAUGAAGAGAGGGGAGGAAAACACGGACUACAUCAACGCAUCCUUUAUAGAUGGCUACCGCCAAAAGGAUGCGUACAUCGUGACGCAAGGGCCCCUGCCCCACACGGCGGAGGAUUUCUGGAGGAUGGUGUGGGAGUGGAAGUGCUUCUCCAUCGUCAUGCUGACUGAGCUGCAGGAGCGUGGGCAGGAGAAGUGCUUUCAGUACUGGCCUUCCAAAGAUUCGAUCACCUUCGGUGACAUCUCCAUUGAAAUCAAGUCAGAGAAGCUCAUUGGCUCAUACACAGCCCGAGAAUUUGUCAUUUCCAGUGGCAAGGAUAACAAGAGCCGGCAGAUUCGGCAGUUCCACUUUCAAGGGUGGCCAGAGGUGGGCAUCCCAGACGACGGCAAGGGCAUGAUCGGCCUCAUCGCCGACGUGCAGAGGCAGCAGCAGCAAUCGGGAAACCAGCCCAUCGUGAUCCACUGCAGCGCCGGCGCGGGCAGGACGGGCACCUUCUGCGCGCUCAGCACGGUGCUGGAACGCGUCAAAGCCGAGGGCAUCCUCGAUGUCUUCCAGACCAUCAAGAGCCUGCGCAUGCAGCGGCCGCACAUGGUGCAGACCCUGGAGCAGUACGAGUUUUGUUACAAAGUGGUACAGGAGUACAUCGAUACCUUCUCGGACUACGCCAACUUCAAGUGAAACGACCGUGCGGAGGUCUGCCGACCGAGGGCAGCUGCGAAUCACAAGGAGGAGGAAGCGACAACGAGCACCCAGAGCAGCCAAUGCAGCGCAUUUCCACAUCUGCGAUUCCACGUGUGCACGACAUUUCGUAGAACAAGGGGCAGCCAGCUACACAGGCUAAGGACGUCUCUCCUGCUGCCCUUAGAAUUGUAGAUAGUUUCUCAUUAGGAAUUUCCACUAAGAACAUAUAUUACAUCAAUUUGAACGAUAAUGAUAGAGACAAUAUUUACAUUCUAGAUUUGAAGCUUUUGUGACUGCAAGGAUUCAUAUUCUUAGGUUUUUUUUUUCGGUAAAGUCACGUAGGUAAAAAAAUUUAAUUAAUAAAAGUAAAAUUAAAUAAAAAUCACGCCGUUUCGAAGGCAACACAAGCUUCCGCCUUCAGGUGGAACCGUCACAGCACGAAAAAAAAACCUAACAAUAUUUACAGCCAUUUGUCAUCUCACUUCUGGAUGAAGGACUUCUCAUGCCGUGUCGGCUGUGGGGGUCAUUUAGCCAUACCUCACCACGCUGCCCAGUGCAGAUUGGUGAAGGGGGUGCCCAAGUUUGGUUUGGACAUCACUCGCCACUGAUGUUCGCCUUGGCUGGAAUUCGUUAGGUUGCUGGGUUCAUAGCGCAGUGCGCUAACCACUGUCACCAAGCCAUCCAGGUCGACUAAAUACAUCUUAGUCUAGCUACGAUGUAUUACUUUGACAACGAAAGCUCAUCGUGACCCACAGCCUCUUAAACGCCGGUCACACAGGUAAUUUUUUAUUCGAAUUGUUAAAAAGUAUUCAUGUGCUGCACUUUGCAUUCUAUCGCUUGCAAAUGCAGUAAAACACAUCCUGUGAAGCACUUUAUACGGAUAAUUUGUAAAUGGGUGUUACGAGCCACUAGUAAUGCGCAUUCAAAGCAAUUAGAGGCAGCGAUUUGAUUUCCAAACACGCUUUUGGUGGCACAAUUAUAGCGGUAGGCUUUGUGUGUUAGGGAACUUAUCAAUGCACAGAACAUACAUGCAUCUUGUAAACAAGCAGACUAGGGGCCCCAAGCAGACGUUACGUUUGAGUGCGCAGUCAUGUGUGACGACAAGCAUUAUGUGAUGGACAAGCAACGUAAACUAAAUAUCGCGGUUGUGUGAAAUAAUGAGCAUAGACUAAUUACGAUUAAAAUUUGUUUAACAGCCAUCAGAAAGAGAUUAUAUAUAUGUAAAUCCGAAUUCAAGCUGCUUGGGGCACUAAGCUUUCACUUGGGAAGCUUAUGCAUAACACCACUACCAGUAGUUAUUGACCAGCGUUCCAUUAUUCGGUGUGCAAAGGCAUAUCAAUGGUCUUCAUCUUGCAUGAAGCAAUGUGGAAAAACAACACUGGGAUCGUUCUGUGUGUUCCUCCACCUGGACAUUUAGGCCCCCCAGGGUGAUGGCAUCCAGCGGUUCGCAACAGCGCGAGCAGUGUGCGCUGCAAACACCGGCUCCGUCGUGUAAAUACAAUGUAACGCAAGUCGCAUUAUUUUGUACCUGUGUUGGAAGCUUUGUUUUAUUUUUUUUAACGGGGGAGGGGGGAAAAAUUGUGCCGAAAGUGUACCGUGCAAUUGCGUUAUUUUUUAAAUGUGGACACCAUGGAGUGCACAGUAUUUAAUUGUUAAUUAAAAUAAAUUCCGCAAGUUUGUAUAUUUUUUAUGAAAUAUUAUAUAUACAGUAUAUCAUUACGAGACAAUCUUUGCGUCAAGUUUGCCUGUUUAAGUUAUUGUGAUGUAUAUCUUUGGGCUGCCUUACCAUGCAAACCCUUCCCCCCCCCCGUCUCACCCUGUGCAAAUGCAUUGAACAAAAUAUAAAAUAUCAACCGUUUUUGUAUAUAUUGCCAAGAACCCAACACGAUUAAUUCACUCGUGCCACGCUCUAUUUUUAAAAGGAGGUACUUUAUGCUCUAUAAUAAAAUCACACUUUUUUUAUUAGAUUGUAUUUAUUGUUAUUUAAAGUAAAAUGUUGGCCAAAAAAAACCUAAAUAGUCUGGCCAAAAAAGUAAUUGCUUUUGUGCUAAAAUCAGCAAUGAGGCGGUGCUCAUCUGAUGACAGCAUUUUCAUCCCUUACGGUGAGGGUCAGUCUAUCCACUUGGAGCAACCACUGUUGAUUUCCCCAUAAAGUGGUGUUUUAUUUUAUCGACCCCAGAAGGAUGAUGGGCUGAGUCACCCACCGACCCGGAUUUGAACUUGAAAUCUUCGAAAUGUGAGCCACUCACUACUGCCCAGCUACCUGGCCAGAUUAUGACGUGGUAUUUGCGUACUAUCGAUUACAAAUUUACAAGUCAAUAACAUUCCAUGCCAUAAUUUCGUAUGAUAAUUCCAAUUGCUUUUUAUCUUUCAUUUUACAACUUUUAAUACCAGAAAAAUAUAUACGGUUUUCUUUAGAAACACUUUAUGAAUGUAGCACAAUUGCCCAUGCGUUGCCGUAGAAUCUUAACUGUUGUCAGUUGCCCCCUUCCUGUAUCCCAUGAGCUGUGUGUCGGACGUGCGACAGGUAGCUUCAGUGUGCACGGAGGAAAGAACAAUGCGCCGCUUUCAAACAAAUCGCUUCCUUCUUCUGUAGACAUCAAAACUGCGUCGGGAGUCAACCUUGUGGCUUUUAGUCAACUCGGUCACUUCCAGGGUGUUGGUAUAAAACCUACACGUUGUGACCUUUAUGAAUUAUUUACAUCAACAUGGACGGAUUGCGCUAUCAAAUAGCCACUAGGUUAAGUAAAUAAAGCCUCCUUCCCAUAUUUUGUCUCAACGUAAAAAAAAUACAAGACUUUUUACACAACCCAUGCCUUCAUCGCCUUCUGGGAGUGCAGAUUAGCAGCAUUGGUUCAACUCAAAACUGGACUGGUUUUGUCAUUCAGUGUCUCAUCAAAGUCAGACUUUCUUGCUUGAACCAAUACUGCUGAACUGCCCGAUGUUUACCGUAAAGGAGACAAAAAUGGGGCCUAGUUUCAUGCAAAACUUAAUUAUGCAUUUCAAAAUAACCAUUAAAUAAUAAUGAAUAACAAGUAUUAGUUUAACUGUGCAUUUCAUUAACAGACAUUUCCUGUACAUAUAUGCAUGUUCAGAAUCUGAGGCUAAUGCUCAUUUGGAGGCAUUCCAGAAGCAUUGUCCAUGGAAUAGUUCAUAAUACCUUUGCACUUACAAAAUUACUGACAUCUGAGCAUCUUUCCAAAAUGUAUUUUUUUCCCCCAAGGAAUUUCCCUAUGAAGGCUUUGUAAAAAAAAAAGUUGUGGCCGACGCAAUGGUCACUUGUUAUUAUGAGUUUUAAUUUAUUGAUUUGUACGGGUCUUUUUAUUCACGUGCCGUGCGGUCCAGCCUUUUGUAUUGGGUUUAUGAUAAAGUGUCAUAUCUUUGAUGACUGCAAUUUGGUGUUCAGUGUUUUGCAUGUGAAUGCUCGUGUCAAAUGCGAAUAUAAUUUGUUUCCAUCCCUGUACUUUGUGUAUUGUAAAACGUUCCAAGUUAUUUAUUUCGGUAUUUUAACAAAAAAAACCUCCCUCGAAUUAAAGUCACAGGUCACAUCAACCAUCAUUUAAUUAAUGAGUGAAUAUGCAAUUCAUUUUGACUUAACCUAAAUGAUAUUGCAAAAGAAAUAUUCUUUAUACGAUUAACUUUUUACGUGAUGAUUGAAAUUGGGACAUUUUAUGAGCGUUUUUGAGACAUCAUAAAAUAUAUUAUAAAACAAAAUGUAAAUCAAAUCUGAACAGCGUACAUUGCACCACGUGACCAGACAGUGGGAAGAUGUGUACGUGACUUGUCGGCGUUUGGGAGUGCUUCAAUGUGCUGAACUAAAAUAAGUGAAUUUGUAUCUAUUCUUACAUCCCAAUGGAAAGUGUUGACAGAAAAUUUGUAACGACCGACAAAUAGUGAUAUUUUAGACACAGCUUACGAGACCCUACCUAUAUUUGCCAUUGGAUUUUAAAACCAUUUGGUCAGAAAAAAAAUAAUUGCAGCACUUAUUUUUAUGCCCUUAAAUUUGAUAUUAGAGCAAGAUGAGAAUAACGUGCUCACAUCAUUUGUACAGAUUGUCCUUUAUGAGAUUGGUAUUGUAAGCACAAAGAUGUCACGCAAGUGGACAUGGAAACUUAAAUGAAAAAGUACCAAGCUAGACUCAUACCAACUUUGGAAAUUGUGAGUGUUACAAAAUAUUUUUGCGCUUUUUUUUAAGUCAUAAAUAA